AUGGCGCUUUUGUCUGUCAAUGAAACGACUCCACUUGAGAAUACAAGUGCCCGCCAUGCAUUGAAUCCGUUCAUUGACGAACAAGGAAUUUUGCGAGUUGACAGCCGGAUCAAAGCAGCUAGUAUCGCAGUAGCGUCGAUGAAGUUUCCGAUCAUUCUUCCACGUGAACAUAAGCUUACAUUGCUGCUAAUUGACGAGUACCACCGCCGAUUUCGUCACGCUAACUUCGAAACAGUUGUGAAUGAGAUUCGUCAGCGGUAUCGUGUAUCUCAACUGCGUCCAACCGUUGAAAAAGUCAUUAAAAACUGUCAACGGUGCAAAAUAGACAAAGCAAAACCUUACGUACCUCGAAUGGCCCCAUUGCCUCCGGCGCGACUUGCGGCAUGCGUCCGACCAUUUUCCUACGUGGGAAUAGAUUUCUUCGGACCGUUUCAGGUCAAGGUUGGCCGCUGCUAUGUGAAAAGGUGGAUAGCUCUAUUCACCUGCCUCACAAUUCGAGCUGUUCAUGUAGAAGUGGUAUUCAGCCUCACAACCAAAUCCUGUAUAGAAUGUGUACGCCGUUUCAUCUGUAGACGAGGUAUUCCAAUAGAAAUCUAUAGCGAUAACGGAACAAACUUUAGAGGGGCUGCUAGGUUGCUGAAGGAACAACAAGAAGCGAUUCGAGAAAUAAAUGAAAAUCUGGCCGGUACUUUCGCUAGUACAAAAACAAAGUGGAUUUUCAUACCACCUGCGGCACCCCAUAUGGGUGGAGCCUGGGAGCGCAUGGUGCGCUCCGUAAAAACGGCCAUGUUUGCUGCUUAUGAAAAUAAUCGUAAAUUAUCCGACGAAGGUCUGCAAACUCUAAUAACGGAAGCGGAGGCUAUAGUGAAUAGUAGACCCUUGACAUACUUACCUCUGGAGUCAGCAGAAUGUGAGGCAAUUACGCCGAACCAUUUCUUGCUACCAUUGGGGAGUAUCGGCGAUACUCGUCAGACGGUGACUGGCCAGGACACGACAACAGAGGAACACAGACAAGCAGCGGCAAUCGUUGAGGCAACAUGCAACGCAACGCAACUACACCUUAACAUAUUUUGGAAACGUUGGAUUGUGGAAUACCUGCCGAUUUUGACGAAACGCACAAAGUGGUUCGGAGAACAAAACCUAUUGCGGAGGGGACCUAGUCAUAGUGAUAGAUGGAAACGCACGGAACGAAUGGAUCCGCGGGCGUAUAAAAGAGGUUGUUGUAGGAAGAGACCGAAGAAUUCGCCAAGCUGUCAUACAAACUGCGAGGGGGUUGAUGAGAAGACCAGCAUCUAA